AUGCCGGGCCAAGCACAGCCCUUUGGCCUCAAUCAUCUUCCCUCGGUCGCUCCCGGGCUACAAGCGUAUCGAACAGCCUCCGACUCACCGCAACCGUUCCAGGCAGCCAAGAUCUCGCCGGCAACUCCAUCACCGGCCGUCAAGCCUACCGAUGUCACUUCGACUCCCACUCCCGCGCCGACGGGUUCGAGCGCUUCCGAGACGCCUUCCACAUCAGCUCCAUCCAAAAUGGCUCCCGUUGUCGCAGGAGCAGGCACUUUGCCGCCCAGCGUUGCAUCUGCUUCGGGUUCAGGUGCCUCUGGCUCUCACUUCUCCGCUUCCGACAGUCUGCGCGCCAUUCCCACCAACAAGAACAACCCUGCUUUCCUCAACAAGCUCCGCAGCAUGGUCGAUGAUCCCAACACGGACGAGCUCAUUCGAUGGUCUCCCGAUGGCGCUUCGUUCUUCGUUCCCAACCAUGUCCGUUUCGGUGAUGAGGUGCUGCCUCGCUUCUUUAAGCACAACCGCUUCUCUUCUUUCGUGCGCCAGCUCAACAUGUACGGUUUCCACAAGGUGCCACAUCUCCAACAGGGCGCACUCAAGCACGAUUCACCACAGGAAAGCGAGCUCUGGGAGUUCUCCAACCCGCACUUCCACCGAGACCACCCCGAUUGGCUCUCCAAAGUGCAGCGCAAGAAGGGUCCGCGCGACGAGAAAGACACGCAAGGAGAAAGAGAAGGCUCGACCACCGGCCAGGAACUUAUGCAUGCAGGCGCGCUCAUGCGCACCGACUUUGGCGCCAACAACGUCAGUGUCGAUGCCAACGGCGAUGGCGCACUUCAGCUCGCCAGCGUGCUCAACGCCAUCAACGCAAUCAAGAAUGCGCAAACCAGCAUCAGCGCCGAUCUGCGUCAUCUGCAGAACUCCAACCAGAACCUCUGGCAAGAGGCCGUCGAGUCUCGACAGCGCGCCAAGCGUCAGCAGGAGACCAUCAACAAGAUCCUGCGCUUCCUCGCCGGCGUUUUUGGCAACCAGGACGACGACGAAGCGCCUGUGCAAGGCAAAAAGGUGUCUGGCAAAGGUCGAGGAAAUGGAAGGAGGGUCGGCGUUCGCCCACAGCAGCAGCAGCGAAGCAAGAGUCGACUCAUGAUCGAGGACGGCAAUGCCUCUUCCUCUUCGUCAGGUGUCCGCGGCCUCGAGGGACUAGAGCUGCCUACUGACGAGGACGAAAUCGAGGAGAUGCCUUCGCACCUGCGCUUCCAGGAUGCUAGCAGUGGGGACUCUCCCAAAGGCCAAAGCCCCUCCGCAUCCAACGGCGGCUCUCGCUUUACUCAGAUCGGCUCGCCGCCCACCAACACCAGCGCAGCCGAAUUUGGCAGGCAGCUAUCGGAGGCAGUAUCAACGCCGGGCGGAUCUAGGAAAUUGUCGUCGCAAGCAAGCAAUCAGGUGCUCAACGCACUUGCGUCAGGCGAGGGCAACGCUUGGCUCGCCAGUCUCUUCGGCGCCAGCCUCGCGAACCAGGGGUCCAAGACCACUGGCCCUGCAACGGGUGGAGGUCUCAAGCUCGACCCUCAGAUGGUCGCUGCCCUCCAGCAGGCGCUUGCGAGCGCGGGAAGUGGUGCUAACGGAGCCAACGACAACAGCACAGACUACUUUGGAGGAUCGACCAACGCACAAGCAGACGACUUUGUCUCGCGCUUCUCUGCUUUCCCUUCCGACUCGAACGGGUCGAGUGACAGCAGCGGCUCUACCAACAAUGGUCUCGGUCUGGAGGCAGAUGCUCUCGCCCGUCUCGCAGGCAUCUCCCAAGCGCUGGUGCAGUCUCCUGCGCGUCAGAACUUUGCUGGUGGUCAGAACAACUAUACGGUCACCUCGCCCAGCAAAGGUCAAGGAUCGGCCACUCUGUUCGACAGCAGCAGCAACGAUGCCAACAGCAACCAGCAAUUGGCACUCUUGUUGAACAGAGCUUCGCGCGAUUUGCAAAACACCUCAAGCGAUGUCGACCAAGUGCAGAACAGCAUCAACUCGCUCAUCGAAGGACUGCAGACCAACCCGAGCUUGCUUCAGAAUAUCGCUGGUCAGGCGCAGCAGCAGACGAACGCAGCUUCAUCCGUUCCAUGGCAGACCGCAGCCACAGACAACAUUCUGCCAUUCGGCGGUCAGACGGCCUUCGGAGACAUGAGUGGAUCUGCAGCAGCACCGUCGGCAUCGGUGGGAGGCGCGCAAUAUGGCGGUCCCACCGGCACGACACCACCGUCCACCAACGCAGGUGCAGGAACAGGGGCAGCAGCAGGCGCGACCGGAAGCAUGGACUCGGACUUUGACGUCGAUUCCUUCCUCAGUCAGUUCGUGGACGCUUCCCAAGCUCCGGGCGGAGGCGUCGCCAGCCCUACGUCCAACAACGCCUUCGGCGAGUCACCCUCGUUUGCCUUCUCGCCCGCCACCACCGCAGCAUUCCUCCACGGCGCAGGGGUCAACGAUGCACCUGGCAUCUACGCGCAAGAGGUCGGGUCGGGUACCAACUCGGGCACCAGCUCGAACAGCACCAAUAGCCCGCUGGAGAACAAUGGGCCGUGGAACGGUGCAAGUGCGGGUAAGAAGAGGAAGCCGUCUACGUCGGGCAUGAGCCCGAAUGGGACGAUGGACGUCGAGAUGGCGAGCAGUAGGCCUGUUAAGAAGUCGGCUAGUCGGAAGAAGUAG